CUCAACUUAACAACAAAUUACCAGAGCCCUUUUUACAGCACGUAUGCAACUAGGUGCAGACAAAGAGUGCAAGAGACAUACAGACUGGCAUCAGAAACUGUUCAGGGAGAACAGCCAGAUAUUUGGUUGGUUGGAGAAAGGUGGACAGGAGAAGCUGAAAUCCUAUAUCUUCAUAAACCCUCAGGCUCCACCCACUCUGUCCAGAGACUAAAUACAAAUCAUCUCCUUCUGAGUUUGUUCAUUUUCUUCAAGUUUCAUACCACCUAUGUACAGGCUGCUUUUCAAAGUCCUUGUGAUGGGGAGAGAAAACUUGAAGAAAACUUUACUUUUAACAGUCAUCAUUGUCUGUGUGCUUCUACUUGAUAGAACCUAUAGGAUGUUGGAGCCCCUCCCCCCCAGUUGUCCUACCCUCCAAUCCCAGCCUGGAUCACCGUUGAGAAAUAAACACACUAACAUAGUAUUCCUCAAGACACACAAAACAUCUGGGACCACUAUUCAGAACAUCCUGUUCCGCUUUGCCGACCACCACAACUUGACAGUGGCCUUACCCAAACAAAAUUAUGUCAACCUGUUCGGCUAUCCCAGGUCUUUCAGCAAUCAAUUUGUUCACCCACAUACACUUCCUGCAAAUAUCAUCUGCAACGUCUUGCGCUUCAACAAGACGGAGCUGCAGCGUCUGAUGCCCAGAGAUGCCAUUUAUGUCACGAUAAUGAGAGAGCCUGGUGCCAUGUUUGAAUCUUCUUUCAGUUUCUUCAAUCUUCUCUGUGAGAGCUUCAGUCAGGUACCUGAUGGUUCCAUCAAAACCUUUUUGGAGGAACCCCAGCGUUACUACAAACCCGAUGAACCAAACUCUAUGUUUGCACACAAUUUAAUGACCUUCGAUCUAGGUGGAGACCACAAUCAUCCAGCAACAGAUGUGGCCUACGCCCAUGCCUUUGUGGCAGAGAUGGAGCAAAUCUAUUCUCUAGUGAUGAUCUCAGAGUAUUUUGAUGAGUCCUUAAUUCUCCUUCGCCAUCUUCUCUCCUGGGAUCUGGACGACAUUUUGUAUCUUGAACUAAACAUGCGCACCGCAAGCUCAAAGCAAAGCCUGACACUGGGUCUUAAUGAGAAGAUUCGUGCCUGGAAUUCACUAGAUGCACAUCUGUAUGACCACUUCAAUACCUCAUUGUGGCGAAAGCUGAAUGCUCUGGAUCCACUCUGUCUGGAAAAGGAGCUAGAACUCUUUAGGAGGGCACGAGAGAAGCUGAUGAUGACUUGCUUCGGUGUGCAGAAGCCGCGUCUUCUCUCCCCGGAAGAAAUCAAAAACGCUGAUCUUCGUCCUUGGCAGCCUAAUAAAAAAACUGUUAUCAAGGGCUAUGAUUUACCAAAAGAGCUCCCUGAAUCAACAAGGAAAUACUGCCUGAAAUUCACCAUGCCAGAGAUCCAGUACACAAACCGCCUCUUACACUUAGAGUCCCUGCGCCAUCAGCAAAGAAAUAGCAACACUCUGCCAUGAUAGGCUUUUGCAAAAUGAUAUUGUGUGCAAUUAAUCAACAGAAAAACUAUAUAUAACUACUAUUAAAUGCUAUCUAUUAAAUGCCAUAAAUACUGUAAUUGGGAUACAUUUUUUUGCCAACAUCACCCAACCCUGAGGGCAAUAGAAUAUUCGCUUCUUUGUUAUAGUAAAAAUUCAAAGGUGGAUCCAACAUUAAUAUAUUUUAAUAUAAAACCUGUUUUCUUUUGGUGUCGGAUCAGUGUUUUAAAGGUGGUGAAUUUGUGACUUGUUUAUUUUUUAAAAA